UAUGGCUUCUCCUUCCUUGGAUUUUCGGUCUCCCUUUAAUAAUGUUUUGAAUAAUCUACCCCAAGGGCACGAGAAAGCUUUUAAACAGGCCAUAUAUACAACAGCAGCUAAUUUAUUAAUUUUGUUCGCCGUUGGAGCUGCGGUAGCUGUGUAUUUUAUAUUGGAAGUGUUUUUAAGACCGCUGUUAUGGGCAGUGUUAUGUGGAACUUUCUUGUAUCCAGUGAAACACUCGUUGACCAGCUGGCUUCGCAGAUGGUUGCAUGGACUACAGGCUACAAACACACCUUUCGUUUUAGGAGUAGCUUAUAUUCCAAUCAAAGCUAUAGACAGAGUUUAUGGAAAUGUAUUUAAUAAAUUUAUAAAACACAUACGUCUGAUUUUAGGCGGCUUUGGAGGGAUUGUGCUGGCGUAUCUUCUGUUGCAUUUUGGCCCAGUGAAGAACAUAUUGUACGCAUUUAGAUCUGUAUUUUACUUCAUUUAUGACGUUCUUGGAUACUUUACAUCGUUUUGGAUAUGGACCUUAUUGGUAGGUUACCUGUUAGCAGUGAUAUUCUUGUGGUCACCAGACACCAGGCGCUAUUUGCGAUAUCUAUCCAUCCCCGUCUGGAUUGUCCUCACUCUCCAUGUAGCUACAGCAGCUGGAUAUCUCAGAGUCCCACUCUUACUUUUCCUCGUUGUUGUCAUAGUCAUUGGAUUUGUGGCAGAAAUAAAUGAAGCAAGACUCUCUGAAGGAAGGUCUGUACCUCAAACCCCAGUGGAAGCAGCAUGGAUAUUUCUGGCUGGUGAUUCAGAAACAGAACAGCCUGAUGUAGCACAGAAUUUGGAAAAGGAUGAAAAGACUGACAACCAAAGUAGUGACGUUACAGAAUCUCACGAGGCUGAAACAGAAAAGACAAAAGAAUCCACUGAUGUCAAAAAGCCAUCUUAUUUACCAGUGCGAAGCCCCACAGUAUCAUCAGCCUCUUCUCCACAGAAGAAACAAGACCGACCAAAACUACAAAUGAAGGAAUCUGCAGAAAAGUCUCAAGAAAAAUCAGAAGUGAAAGCACGAUCUCUCAUUGACAAUUGCUUUAUCUACCUCUUCUGGCUCUUGGUGCUUACACGGAUAUGGCUCAACAUCUGGGUCGUCCAGCUGCUGUUUCCCAUAGGGCUUGUUAUGUGGCUGUUCAAAAGUUUUGUGAUACAGCUUGGGAGUGGAGGAAUAUUUGGUGAGAAGGUUGAGUUGGUGAAGAAAGUACUGAAGAAAUGGCUAGUCAGUAGGCGUGAGGUUCUGACACCACGAUGGAUCAGGGGAAUAGCCAAACUGGUUCUACGCGGCGACCAUAAGAUUGUAUCGGUGCUAGAGCAAUCCUUAGACAAGACGACCAGUGUCCUGUUCAUCCUGUUGCUGUUAUUUGGGACGGCCAUAUUGAUGAUCUUCGGUGCUAUACAGAUCCAACAAGAAAGUAUGCUCUUUGUGAAAAUGACCAGCGAAGUGAUGAAUAAUACUCUCAACUCUGAAAUCAACUCGUGGCUCCCCAAUGGAGAAGAUUUACAGAAAGCCAUGGACUCUAUGAUGGGGAAUGCCUACCUCUACGGACGCAAUUGGAUUGCAGCCAGACUGCGAGACUUUGUGAGUGGUAAUAUGGACAAGGGUUCCUCUAACAACACCCACAUAGAGACACAAGUACUGGAGGUGUGGGACAGGCUGUACGAAAGCUGGCUCUCCAGGAAUGCCACCAGUAGCAGUCUACAGACGACUUCAGCUUUUAAUGUCCUUCCCACAGACAUGAACAGUGUGAAGUCUAUGUGGGAAGUAGUAUCCAAGGGUGACGCCUUCAACAUCAGCCAGAUCGUGGCCUUUGUAAAGGACAACAUAGGGACAUUUAUGUCUGUUAUAGAUUCGGUGUGGAUUGUACUGAAGGGCAACAUGAACCUGGUGCUAAGCCUAGUCACAGCCACCCUGUCUGUGGUGUUUGGAGGAGGUACUGCUCUCCUCAACUUUUUCAUUUCCUCAGUGAUUUUCCUGACGACACUGUUUUACCUGUUGGCGACCAGUGGUAACCAGUACAAGCCACUGGAGUGGUUCAGCAAUCUCAGUCCUACGCAGGGUACCGGGGGCAUUGGUCAGGCUGUCGAGGAGGCUAUCACGUGA